GCGCCCUAAAUUUGUGUCGCACGGACUGGAAGUGGUCUUUUGGAGUCACAUUGAAGACCAACAUCCCGGUCACUGCUGUAAAAGGACAAGUGAGCAGUCAGCUCAUUCCUGAUCAAUUUAUGUGGAUGAUCACUCACAAUGUUUACUUCAAAGGUUGUCCCUCGUCUCAGUCUAUUACGUAGAGCAUCUUGUGCACUUCAAGCCCAAAGAGAAAUUUUGAAUGGACGUGUACAACCGGUUCUUCCUGCUUACUGCUCUUCACUAAACCAGAAACUGAGAAACUAUUCAACAGCGGCAGACAACGCAUCUCCUCCUCGAUGGGUCCAACUUGAGCCAGAACUGGAUGAGGCUCUCGUGCCGCGUAAAUUGUCAGUGAGUCCUCUGGAGAGCUGGCUCUCCCUGCGCUACUCCCUCCCUCCCCUGAUCGAGUGCGCUCUGCCGCAGGAGGACGUAGGGCUGCUGGAAGAGAAGGUGCUGCCACCCGUCUCUGUCCCCGUUAUGGAGGAUGGGGAGGGUUCAGUAACACCCCUCAUAUGUAAGAAUGUUCUGAAGAUCCGACGGCGGAUGAUAAACCGGCAUAAAUACAGGAAGCUGCAAAAACGGACUAAAUUCUUAAAGAGGAGAGUGCUGGAGGGAAGGGGGAAAAAGAAGCAGAGGCGAUUCGAAGAGGAUCUGAAAAGGAUUUGGAGACGAGCUGGACUGAAGAAAUCUCCAGAGGGAUGGACUACACCUAAGAUCUUCAUUAAGCAACAUGGAAACAAAAGCAAAUGAGAAACACUGACGUUGACUUUGAGUUUGUGUCACUUCCCUCACACUGGACGGCUCUGCGCAUCAGCCCACUUUCUGUGUUUUGCAGCUUUAUUGAAACGUGUUUCAGUAAUGAGGACAUAUUCCUUAUGUGUACAUUUAUUUUUAACCAAGUGUACAUAAUCUAAUAAAGAUCUUUCUCUGUCAAGCCCAAGG